AUGGUUGAUAUACUUUGCAAGUAUAUCCGAGCAGAGCGUACUGGCAACUGGGAAUUGCAUCUCCAAACUGUUUCAGAAAUGCUCUCUUACUUGGCCGCAUGUGGGCACAACCACUACACAAAGUCUGCAUGGAUAUAUCUGCAGCGAAUGUCUAAUCUCCACAAUGAUCAUCCAGAUGUGUAUCAACAUUUUCGAGAAGGUCUUCAUGUGGUGAGACGAAGUGAUCGUUAUUGGGCUGGCUUGUCCUCGGAUCUCAUCAUCGAGCAGGUGCUCAUGAGAAGCCUGAAGACCAGCGGGGGUCUCACAAGAGGACGAGGGAUGACUGAGCAGCAACGCUUGACAUGGUUGUUGUCUAAGCCAGCUUGUGCUGACGUGAACUGUGCCAUGCAAGAGCUGACUGGGGUUAGCUACAACACAGGAGAGCAAAACAAAGAUAUAACCAAGGCUAGACAAGCUCGUGACUGGAAAGAUACCCACAAAAUUCUCAAGUAUCUUCGAGAUAUGAACCCCUUCACUUCCGAUACCAGUCUAAGAAGCAUCUCCACAGGAGUACAUGCACACAGCACCGUCAAUGUUGACAAAGCAAAAGAUGUUGGAAAUGCAAUUCUGAUUAGCAUGGAGGGGAAGACUGCUGCAGAAUAUAAUUUCAAGAAGAAAGACCAGGUCAUCACUCUAGACACGAAGAAUGCAGUCAAGGUUGAUGGCAUUGCAGUGCAGAUUGACCCACAACUUCUUUUCCAGAGACUCACGAUAAUUGCUGCAAAGGCAACUGAAAAUUUUGAAGAUGUCUUCAGGUAUGAGCUAUGCAGUUAUCCACCAGCCCUCUUUGACUCAUCACUACUUCUUCGGGAGCCACAGUAG